AUUUGGUUUAAUAAGGUUCGCGUUGCAGUCACCAUACAGCUAAAGACACCAAAGUUCCCCCAACAUCUUGUAUUUCCUUUGUACCCUAGCUAAAGGCAUCUAAACCAAAGUUCCCCCCAACAUUUCCUUUCUGACAAGUAUCAGGAUGGUGUUCAAAAUAGCCGGUUGGGCGCUCAGCUUCCAGCAAGUGCGCACAUGGUUAGAGAAGCAAGGUCAGAAACACCAGCACUUGGGGGACGAAUUCCUCGCUACCGAUCUCAAUUACUGGUUCGACGAGAGAAACAUCGAUUACCUCUGGGCUGUUUGCACCGACUAUCCUCGAGGGAGCCUGCAACCAGUCAUCGUAUUGGUUCGGAGGCGCAGAGAAGAUCCCAAGUCGACGGUCUCCCACUACUAUCGUGUCAGAGAGUUGGACGGAGACCGUGAAAUAAAGAAGCAGCUGUUGGAAGAGAGUGGGCUGGCUGAUGAGGAUUUGCCUUGGAUCACUGUUGCGGACCCGUUCUUCCAAUGCUGAUGUUGUCGUCGCGAGAUGAAUGGAAUUGAAAUAGAAAGUUUUACGGGUCCCAAUCUGGGGCUUGAAGAACAACGCUCCACAAUUCGAGUACGAAAGCCCCCUGAUGCCGAAUAGGUACAAUCCUCUACACCAUGAACAGAAUAGUCCCACAGUUGCAAAUUUUGCAACAUUUUGUAUUGCGUUGGUAUUUCGGAGUCCUUCCGCAUCUGACAAACAGUACGUUCACACCGCCAUCCUGUGCAUCAAAGGUUCACACCCCCUACCACUAGCUACGAUGGUGUUCAAAAUAGCCGGUUGGACGCUCAGCGCUCAGCUUCGAACAAGUGCGCACUUGGUUAGAGAAACAGGACCAGAAAC